AUGAGUCUCUUCGGGCUUGGGAGCAACAGGAAUCAAAAGACAUUCAGGCCUAAGAAGAAUGCACCGUCCGGAAAUAAGGGUGUGCAGCUGAAAAAACACAUAGAUUCAACCUUAGGAAGCGGAAAUUUGAGGGAUGCGGUUCGGUUGCCACCAGGGGAGGAUCUCAAUGAAUGGCUAGCUGUUAAUACUGUUGAUUUCUUCAAUCAGGUGAACAUCUUGUACGGCACUCUGAUGGAAUUCUGCACACCAGCUACAUGCCCAACAAUGUCAGCAGGACCCAAGUUUGAGUACAGGUGGGCUGAUGGGGUGCAGAUCAAGAAACCGAUUGAGGUUUCAGCGCCCAAAUAUGUGGAGUACUUGAUGGACUGGAUAGAGGCCCAGCUUGAUGAUGAAUCCAUCUUCCCUCAGAAAAUUGGAACCUCUUUUCCACAAAAUUUCAAGGAAGUUGUGAAGACGAUAUUCAAGCGUCUUUUCCGUGUUUAUGCCCAUAUUUACCACUCACACUUUCAGAAGAUUGUGAGCCUAAAGGAAGAGGCACACCUUAACACCUGCUUCAAGCAUUUUACGUUGUUCACCUCGGAAUUCAAGUUGAUCGACAAGGCUGAGCUUGCACCGCUUAUUGAUCUAAUUGAAUCCAUUGUUUCAGUUUGCUGA